CUUAACCCUCUCUCUCUCUCAAUAGCCACAUCCCGCCCUCAGCCGAACGAAACCAGCUGAGCCUCGUCGUCACCACAAACCCAACAUCCACUCCCUGCGGCGGAGAAUCCACCGGCCGACUCAAUUCCCGGCGUUUCCUUUCUUACCAGGUAUUAAGAAAUGGCAGAAGGUGAGGAUAUUCAGCCCCUUGUCUGUGACAAUGGUACCGGAAUGGUCAAGGCUGGGUUUGCCGGAGAUGAUGCUCCGAGGGCUGUCUUCCCUAGCAUCGUUGGUCGUCCUCGCCAUACUGGUGUGAUGGUUGGUAUGGGCCAGAAAGAUGCUUACGUAGGUGACGAGGCUCAAUCAAAGAGAGGUAUUUUGACCUUGAAAUACCCGAUUGAGCACGGUAUCGUCAGCAACUGGGAUGACAUGGAGAAAAUUUGGCAUCAUACCUUUUACAAUGAGCUCCGUGUCGCGCCUGAAGAGCAUCCGGUUCUUCUCACAGAAGCCCCUCUCAAUCCCAAGGCAAAUCGUGAGAAGAUGACUCAGAUAAUGUUUGAGACCUUCAACACCCCUGCUAUGUAUGUCGCCAUCCAGGCCGUCCUUUCUCUUUAUGCCAGUGGCCGUACGACUGGUAUCGUUCUGGAUUCUGGAGAUGGUGUCUCCCACACAGUCCCCAUCUACGAAGGAUAUGCACUCCCACACGCUAUUCUCCGUCUGGAUUUGGCCGGUCGUGAUCUCACCGACGCCCUCAUGAAAAUCCUGACAGAGCGUGGCUACUCCUUCACCACCACAGCAGAGCGAGAAAUCGUGAGGGACAUGAAGGAGAAGCUGGCCUACAUCGCACUCGACUACGAGCAAGAGCUGGAGACAUCCAAGACCAGCUCAUCAGUCGAGAAGAGCUACGAGCUGCCAGAUGGACAGGUCAUCACCAUCGGAGCUGAAAGAUUCCGAUGCCCUGAAGUCCUCUUCCAGCCAUCCAUGAUAGGAAUGGAAGCUGCCGGUAUCCACGAAACCACUUACAACUCCAUCAUGAAGUGCGACGUGGAUAUCAGGAAGGACCUCUACGGUAACAUUGUUCUCAGUGGUGGCUCCACCAUGUUCCCGGGCAUUGCGGACAGGAUGAGCAAGGAGAUCACCGCGUUGGCUCCGAGUAGCAUGAAGAUCAAGGUUGUCGCGCCUCCUGAGAGGAAGUACAGUGUCUGGAUAGGUGGCUCCAUCCUGGCUUCCCUCAGCACUUUCCAGCAGGUACAGUCUUCCUAUCUUCUCUGUAUGCUGGAAUCUUGCGAGUGCAGAUGUGGAUUGCAAAGGCAGAGUACGACGAGUCUGGACCAUCCAUUGUCCACAGGAAGUGCUUCUAAGCAGAAUCUGGUUUUGCCGAGGGAGCUUUGGCGGACAGUUCACAUAUACUAUACCUUUUGUAUCGAGGAAAGGGGAGUUCUACCUGAGAAUCACGUGGGUUGCAAGCAACAUUUUCUCUUUUCGUUCUGCCUUUUUCUUUUCCAUAUAUUUUUUGGUUUAAUUUUGGGUCUUGUGCUCUGUUCUUUAUUAUUCUCCUGGACAAGAAAAAUAUUUUUAAUCGGAAGGUUGGUCGCAAUCAGAUCCAUUUUUGUUUUUGGUGGAACCAAUUUUUUUUCUUCAAUUUGA